CGACGCGCCGGCGCAUUCAUUAAGUACUUUGUUUAAAUACAUUAUUGCGCCCUCCCUUUCUACAUUGAUCGACUCAAGGGUUUGAUUACGAAAAUGUACACUGUAUUCGCUGCAGGCGUACAGUCCCAGCCAUCUCACCUUCAGCGAGUACUCUCUGAUGGCUCGGAUACCAGCGCAAUCGAAGAACCGUUCCGGAAGAGGCCCCGCCUUUCUAUGUUCGCCGACGAAAGUUCAGACGAAGUCCUCGACGAAGACCUGGGUACCCUACGUUCCCGCAAUGACAAGCUGCUCAAGUCGCGGUUUGAAUCUAUCUUCGAGAAGUACUCUCGCGACUUCACUGGUGUUGGGGACGAGAUCAACUUGUGGACUGGAGAAAUCGAGGUGAACAAUGGACAUCUACACGGAUCAAGGAAUGAAACAGACACUGGUGCCGAGGAUGCCUCCAAGGGCAAAUCACUGUUACGGGCAAUGACGGAGGCUGAAGGCGCUGAAGACGAAUACUUUGACAACGAAGGUGCUGAUGAGGUGCUUCAGAGUAUCGAGGAAAUCGUUGAAAAUGCUGCCUUAUCGUCUGAUGAAGAAGAAGAAGAAGUCCCUAUGAACAGUGAUGACGAGCUUUUUGCUCCGGUACAGUCGCAACCUGAUUUCCCAGCACCUGAGGUACCUUUGAGGAGUAGCACUAUCAGGACUGAUGCACCCGACUCCGACGGCGAUUCCCUCUUUGAGGUCUGCAACCCUGUCAGAUCAGACAGCCCGGAUUCUUUGUUUGAGGUACAGCAGCCCCCGAGGUGUGAUAGCCCAGACUCUCUUUUCGAAGUUCGCCAACCAGAGGAAGACUUGGCCGGCAGAGACACCGCUAAAUCUUCACUGGAGUCGCUGAGACAAGACGAAGAAAUCGACGAGACCCUGAUCAUGGAGAGGUUCGGGCCAAAGAUGGGCGAGGAGGUCCUAGCCAUAGUGCGCCAGGCCCAGAGCACAGCAGCAGAAGCCCAUAUUGAACCUGCAUGGCGCAUACCUGUCAACGCAAUUCCACCCAGAACAGCUCGCUCAACGUCUAGCUCCCGGACCCCUUCAGGCUCGACUCCUCUCCCUCAGGCGGUUCAUGAACCACCCUCCCCCGACCAUGGCAAAUCACUGUGGCAGCCAAGCAACGAGGGCAGGACGGCACGGACGAAGCACCUGAUGCGUUUUAGAAGAACCAUCAGGGCCGACUCUGAGGAUCCCCUACAAGGCGAUUUUCCACUUGAGGCUGAAGCCCGGUCUGAUGGUGGUGAUGACCCGGAGUGGACGCUUGCAGAGCAAGACGAGGAAGAAGAAGAUGAUGAGGAUUAUCGAGAUGGUACAGAGUUUGACAUCAUGAGUGGGAAGCAACGUCACUUCGAAAACGAGCAUGUUGAUCUGAUGAAGCAGGGCAUCUGCUCAUUUUGUCGCCGCAAGUUCGCUUCAAGAGGCGGAGUUUUUACCCACUGGAGAAAUCUGGUGAGAGACUCCGACAAGAAAGGGACGGAUAUUGACGAAGUGCAUGACAUGCACUGGAUCAGAGGGUACCGGGCCGAAAGCAACACCAAACCCAAGAGGCCGAGACUAGCACUUUGUGACUUCAAGGCCAUGGUUGAAUUGCAUGAAGGGGCUGGGUUGUCUUUUGCCGAGAUCGCCAAAUGUAAAGUCCUCCGGACAAAAAAGACCGGACCCGUGCUGAAUGAGGUGUAUGACAAGUUCCGUACAGUGCCUGGGGAUCGCGAUCUUGUUGACGAGCGAAAAUGGUCAGAGAAGGAGCUUCGGAUCCUGGACGAAUUGCGUCAGGAUCCCUCGCAUGAAGUCGCCACGUUCGCGAAACGUCUACCAGGAUUCAGCGACACUAACAUCGGAAACAAACUCGCUGAGAUAUGGUUGAAGCCAUUCCGCGACCGAAGGGAGGCAGCAGCAAUCCAGUCUCGGCAACAGUCCGGCAGACGGCUUCAUCGCCAGUCUUCUGUCGAAAUCCUGGAGAUCAAAGAGGAAGAUUCUGAUGAUGAACUUUUCGGCCCUCGAUAGCCCGGCAGACUCAUGUCAUGUCAGGUUUGUGCCGUUCAGAAUAUCGUCGAUGGUCGUUCGGGCUUCUCCACCGAUAUCACCUAUCUGGUCCCAAAACUU